UAAUUUUUUUUAGGAAUAUUGGUUAAUUGGUUUCACUGUUUCAGUGUGUUUAUCCGUAUCCAACAACCACUCUUUCUCAGAAUAACUCGACCCUUUAAGGAUCAUGUCACUGCCUUCAAAGUGCCUCUGUUGCAAUGUAGCCUCCUCACUCACACUCUCAUCAUUAUCUCCUCUUCCUCCUCCUCCUGCACCUGCUGUAUGCACCUCCACUUAUUACCAUAACCCUGCCCCACUUAUCCACAAAUCUCCAUUUCAACAAGUGGACCACCUAACAACACGUGGCAAAGAAAAACCAUGGAGCAGGAGGAGGAAGAGGAGGUUGAGGCUGAGACCUCUUUCAGCAUCUGUCCCGGCUCCGCCGCCACUCGACCUCACAGAAGACAAUGUGAGACAGGUGUUGGUUGAUGCUCGCGCGGAGCUGGGACAGAUCUUUGACACUUCAGUUGGCAUCACUGGAACGGUUGAAUUGGCAGAGUUAGAUGGACCUUUCGUGAAGAUCAGCCUCAAGGGUCGCUUUUGGCACAAGCGUUCCGAUGUCGUAGCCAGAGUCGCUAAUUAUCUCAAACAGAGGAUCCCUGAGAUUUUGGAGGUUGAUAUAGAAGACGAGAAACAAUUGGAUGACAGUCCGGAGAACUUUUGAGGUUUUGCACGCAGCUAUCACACUCUUUUUAUUUUGCUUAUUCUUUAUGGAAAUUUGUUUACGUAACUUUGGUUUCGGAGAAGAGGCUCACAAACAACCCUUUAAUAAUGUAUUGCAUAAUUGUAUGAGAAUUCCUUAAAGAGAUAAAUCUUUGAAACAUCACCUUCAUUUGGCAGAGUAUUGUAGUGUUUCCAAGUAGUCCCAGUUUGAGAUUUCAAUAAUGUAAAACAAGGUGGUUUCGCAA